UUCCUGGCAGCAUCAAAGCCCAUUUAGCAAAUGUUUAGAGGGAAAGAGAGAGAGAGAGAGAAAAAAGAAAGUGACAUUUGCCCUAUGUCAGCAGCAACUUUUGUCCUUUCACCAUGUAUUGAAUUGCGUGCGUUCAACGCUCUAAUCAAAGCCCCUUCCUCUUCUAGUAUGUUUUGACACGCGCCGUGGAUGAAAGUAGAGAAUGCAUGAAACAAAACUCAGCAGCAGCCAAGGAAGAGUGAAUGGAGUGGGUUUGACCAAUUGGUGCUUUCCUCCUCCAUCUCUGCAACUUCCUGUUGUCGUUAACUCAUAACCCAUAUCUUUCCUUUCCUCAUCAACCAACGCUCAGAAAAGAAAACCUAUCGAUCUUGAAUGAAAAAAGAAAAAUGCAUAGACGCAAGAUGAAGCUUAGUUUAGAGCUUGCCUGUUUCAUUUUCCUUUCUGCCCUUUCUUUUACCUUAGCUGCCUCACCUUCAGCUUCCACUAACUCAUCUGCAAAAUGUCCAAUGGACCUCAACUAUGUGACAAGAAUCCCAUGGAACUCAUCCGUGUGCCGCAACUUCCACCCUAACUCAACUUCCAAAACUGAAAUUGCAAAACAAAAUUGUUGCGUAUCUCUACUAUCAGUCUUUGGUAUUGGACUUGCCCAACAUCUUAAAGAAACCUCUCUCUUUCAGCUACCAAAUUUGCCCACUUCUGUUUCUUGCCUCCAAGAUUUCCAGUCAAAGCUCAACUCUCUCUCUCUUCCUGGUAACCUUGCUUCCCUUUGUUUUGAGCCUAUGCAGUUUGUGAUUACACCUGAUCUUUGCGCCCACAUACAAACAACCCAAGAUUGGGUUGCCAAGCUAGGAGAAUCUACUGCACUUGACCAGGCGUGCAGGUCUGAUCUCAGUGAUCUUACUGCUUGUGAUACUUGUCUUCGUGCUGGUAACGAAGUUCAGACUAAGUUGGUCUCUCUUGAUGGUAAUUCAAAUCAUUCUACUGAUUGUUUUAAUUUUAUUGUUCUUUAUGCUGCUGGAAUUGCUAAUAAGUUUGGACCUGAAAGUGAUGGGACUGUGGAAUGUGCUUUUGCAUUAACUUUGAACAAACAAUCCAGUUCAGCCAGUGAAAGACGUUCAGUCCUUGUUUUUGGCUUGACGGGAGCUGGGGUUGCACUUUUUGUUACGUUUAGUUUGUUGGGUUUGUACUUUUGGUAUGAAAAAAAAUUUACAAAGAAAAAUAACAGUGGCUCUGAUUCUAAUUUUUACGAUUUAGAGGAGCAAGAGUCUAGGCCAAAAUUGAGGCCCAAUACAGGUUCAAUUUGGUUCAAACUUCAUGAUCUUGAGAAGGCCACGGAUAAUUUCUCACAGAAGAAUUUUAUAGGGAGAGGAGGGUACGGUUUUGUUUACAAAGGGGUUUUACCUGAUGGGACGGUGGUUGCGGUUAAGAGGAUUAUAGAAUCAGAGUUUCAAGGAGAUGAAGAGUUUUGCAAUGAGGUUGAGAUUAUUAGCAAUCUGAAGCAUAGGAAUCUUGUGCCACUUAGAGGGUGCUGUAUGAUUAAUGGUGAUGAAAACUAUGAUGAGGGAGGGAGCGGAAGGUAUCUUGUCUAUGAUUAUAUGCCAAAUGGAAAUCUUGAUGACCAUUUGUUCCCAUCAAAAAUGGAAAGUAAACCAUUGAGUUGGCCUCAGAGGAAGAACAUAAUUUUGGAUGUGGCAAAGGGGUUAGCUUAUUUGCACUAUGGAGUGAAGCCUGCAAUAUAUCAUAGAGAUAUUAAGGCCACAAAUAUAUUGCUUGAUGCUGAUAUGAGAGCAAGAGUGGCAGAUUUUGGGUUGGCGAAGCAGAGUAAGGAAGGUCAGUCUCACCUCACUACUAGAGUGGCUGGAACUCAUGGAUACUUGGCCCCUGAAUAUGCUCUUUAUGGGCAGCUGACUGAGAAGAGUGAUGUUUAUAGUUUUGGUGUGGUUGUUUUGGAGAUAAUGUGCGGGAGAAAAGCUCUUGAUUUGUCGUCAUCAGGCUCACCUCGUGCAUUUUUAGUAACAGAUUGGGCUUGGUCAUUGGUGAAGGCAGGAAAAAUAGAGGAGGCUUUGGAUCGUUCCUUGAUCAAUAAUGGGGAUUCUGUUAGUUCAAAUCCAAAGGCUAUAAUGGAGAGAUUUCUGCAGGUUGGCAUCUUGUGUGCUCAUGUAAUGGUAGCUUUACGGCCUACCAUUUUGGAUGCACUGAAAAUGUUAGAAGGUGAUAUUGAAGUUCCUGGAAUUCCAGAUCGACCAAUGCCUCUUGGACACCCUAAGUUUUAUGGUGAUGGCAAUGCUUUCAGCAUCUCACCAACAUUAAGUGGACCACAACUGUGUACGGGAGACAUGCUCAGGUAAUCUAGAAUGGUCGUAGUUUCCAUCACUAUUUGUAGUUGGCUAAAUGAACAUGGAGAAGCAGAAGUUUGAGGAGGGUGCUUGUUGUGUUUGUCAAUAGGCUUUUCAUACAAGAUGCCUGGAACAAACGUAAUCAGGUCAUAGCCAGCUAGUAUAUUAUAAAUUCAAAAUAUUAUUUUGUAGUCAUAGAAUUGCGAUGUUAUAAUGUUCUGCAAGAAAAGUUUGGGGUGGCUUAAAGGACUCAGUGAUAUAAAUGAAGAUCUGAAGAUGUGUGUAUUAGAUUGGUGUAUCUAGUCCUCAAUCAUCAGCUUCUACAAACCAAGCAUUGACCUCCAUUGGCUGCCAAGAAGAUAGGGGUGGCGAGAGAAUCUGGAAAAAGCUCUUACCAGCUGAAGUUUUUUAGCUCCUUUUUUCCCUUUAUUUUUUGGUAAAACUAUGAAUGAUGUCAGACUUUCUGCAUGAUCAUGAAAAAAAUCAAGUUGCAGUUAGAAUCUUGCUUGGCUUCAAUGCAUGGAGAUGUAAAUAUGCUGGGUUUAUUUCUCUUCUUUCACCAUAAAACCUGGCACAUACUGCUCAUUUUGAUUUUCCCCCCAUUUUUAAUGAUAACUUGGACUUGAAAAAGCCAUUUGUCGUACUAGUGAAAUAGCAAGCAGGCUUGACAGCUGUGUACUCUGCAGGUCAUUGAAGAGAGAUAAUGACUCCAGUGGGUUCUCAAUGCGCAAAGAUUUCAAACAUUCCAUUCUUUUUGUCAUGCUAUCCUUCUGUAUAUAGGUUUUGUUUAGUCCUUGUAUGCUAGCUCUAGCUUGUAGACUUGUUCUGAUUUAUGUAAUGUUGUAUAGUGAAUUUGGGUUCAAUUCAGUUUAUUAAAAUCACAAUAUA